GUACGUAUUUAAUCUGCGACCAGCGGUACAUCGGCGCCGCACAACCGGAUUGCAAACAGUCAAGAAAACAGAGGGACGAAUCGUUUUUUAUUUCUAUUCAAAGCGACUGAAACCUGCAUUGGACGUCUUUAUUUUUUCUUAAACCAGUAGGACUCUGAAACUCUGAGAUGUCUCUGGCAGACGAGCUCCUGGCUGAUCUGGAGGAGGCCGGAGAUGAGGGAGAGGAUGGGCUGUACCCAGAAGAAGAGAGGGACAGCGAUGGAGAGCCGAACCAGGGAAGUGCAGACGGAGGGCUGGAAGACAUCCCAGAGGAGAUGGAGGUGGACUACAGUAAAGCUGAGAGCGUCGCGUCUAUUGCAAAGCUUCGCAAUAGCAAACAGUUUUCAGAGAUAAUGGACAAAAUUUCUGAAUAUAUUGGGAAGCAGCGUAAGAACUCAGAGGUCUCAGGCCCAGUCGAGGCUGACCCAGAAUACAGACUGAUCGUCGCAGCUAAUAACCUCACAGUGGAGAUCGACAACGAGCUCAAUAUCAUCCACAAGUUUACCAGGGACAAAUACUCCAAGAGGUUUCCAGAGCUGGAGUCUCUGGUGCCGGAUUCUUUGGAUUACAUCCGUACUGUCAAGGAGCUGGGAAACAAUCUGGAGAAAUGCAAAAACAAUGAAACGCUUCAGCAAAUCCUUACCAAUGCCACCAUUAUGGUUGUCAGUGUCACAGCCUCAACCACACAGGGGUCGUUGCUGAGUGAGGAUGAACUGAAGCAGCUGGAGGAGGCGUGCGACAUGGCCCUGGAGCUGAACCAGUCUAAACACAGGAUUUAUGAAUAUGUAGAAUCCAGAAUGUCGUUCAUUGCACCAAACCUGUCCAUCAUUGUUGGAGCAUCAACAGCAGCAAAGAUCAUGGGUAUCGCCGGAGGCCUCACUAACCUGUCAAAGAUGCCAGCCUGUAACCUGAUGCUGCUGGGAGCGCAGAGGAGAACCCUCUCUGGCUUCAGCAGCACCUCUCUGCUCCCUCACACUGGCUUCAUCUAUCACUGCGAUGUUGUGCAGUCAUUGCCACCUGAUCUCAGGAGGAAGGCAGCUCGUCUGGUGGCUUCAAAAUGCACUCUGGCCGCAAGAGUGGACAGUUUCCACGAGAGUCCAGAUGGCAAGGUUGGCUAUGAUCUAAAAGAAGAAAUAGAAAGGAAGUUUGAUAAAUGGCAGGAGCCUCCGCCCGUGAAGCAAGUCAAACCACUGCCAGCCCCGCUGGAUGGACAGAGGAAGAAGAGAGGAGGAAGGAGGUACCGAAAGAUGAAAGAGCGUCUCGGGCUGACUGAGAUCAGGAAACAUGCCAACAGGAUGACCUUUGCAGAGAUUGAAGAUGAUGCGUAUCAGGAGGAUCUGGGCUUCAGUCUGGGUCAGCUGGGGAAGAGCGGCAGUGGCAGAGUCAGGCAGGCUCAGGUCAACGAGGCCACCAAAGCCAGGAUCUCCAAAUCCCUCCAGAGGACGUUGCAGAAGCAGAGCAUGACAUAUGGAGGAAAGUCCACAGUCAGAGAUCGUUCUUCAGGAACCAGCUCCAGCGUAGCAUUCACACCUCUCCAGGGGCUGGAGAUCGUGAACCCGCAGGCUGCAGAGAAGAAGGUGGCUGAAGCCAACCAGAAGUAUUUCUCUAACAUGGCAGAGUUCCUCAAAGUCAAGAAGGAAGCUAAGAUGUGAAGACAUAUGGACGCCCUGCACAUGGACAGUUGCACAGUUGUGAAAGUAUAUUUUAAAAUUUGGCUCGCGUCGUCUUUUUUUUUUUUUUUUUUUUCAUCUGAAUAAAAUAUAGAGUUCACUUUGUAGGUAUGUUGGAGCCUCCUCUGUGACGUUUAAAUUUAUACCUGUUUGUUUUGAUCUUCUAUCUCGAGUGAAACUGAACUAAUUAUGCUGAAUUUUGAGUUAAUACAGUUUAUUUUACUGAAAGUGAAACUGUUACGAAUAAGAUAAAAUCUCCACGGUCACUUUAUUAGGAACUUGCUAGUACUGGGUUGGAAUCUCUUUUGUCAUCAGAACUAGUUUAAUUUUUUAUGGAUCUGAUUCAACAAGCAGAUGGAAACAAUCCUUGGAGAUUGUGGUCUAUGUUGCCUUGAGACGAUCACACAGGUGCUGCAGGGUUAUCAGCUGCACAUCCAUGAUCUAAAUCUCAUCUUUCAGCAGAUUUCAAAGGUGACUGUGAAGAUCAUUUGAGCUUUGUCACAUGUCAUCGUAACCUACUGGAAGCAGGUUAACGUGCCAUGACCACAGUGUACCCAUCAUGUGUCAUAAAGGGCCACGGUCAGCAACAGAACAGGCUUUGCUUUGUGAGGAAAACAGAUGCAACAAGGUUGCAUCAUUUUACAGGUUAAAUUAGGUUUUUGCUCUGGGUGGCUACCAAACAGCCCUGUGACAGUUAUUUAAAUCUGCAAGUAAUGUGUAGUUACUUUGACGAGCAGGUGCAUGUCAGGUGUGCUUACUGCAAGUGAAGCUAAAUGCAGCAGAUCUUAAUAUUAUUUUCCUUAUGUCAUCUGGUAUUUCUUGGGACACCAAAAAACCAAAACAAAUUAAAGGUGGUGAAAAUUAUGUGGAUCCAUAUUCCAUGUAGGAAUGACAGGACUUUACGCCACACACUGAUGGAUAAUUUCUUAAAAGUAUUUAUUGAAAUUUUACAAUCCUGUUAUAACCCCAUUUAUGACAUCUCCCAUGCAGAACUGUGAUGAGAAAAAUUGUAAAUAUGUGUUGAAAUUCACAUUUUAGCAGUUUCACUGACCUUUCUGUAAACCUUAAAAGCCCAAAAAAUAGAAUCUAUAAAAGGCAAAUCUCUCAGAA